AUGAUAACGGCGUUUAUCGAACGAGAUCAUCGCGACUGGGAUCAACAUGUAAGCGAGUUUCGUUUUGCGUACAAUUCCGCGCACCACACGUCCCUGCAAGCAACGCCUGCCUUUCUGAAUUUUGGGCGAGAACCGAUACCGGUGGGUUGGAAACGCGAUGAAGUCGAGGCCGCCGUAGACGUAGUCAGGGCCGACCCUGCCGGAUGGCGAGACCGCAUGGAGCGCCUCGAACUGCUGCAGGAAUGGGUGGGCGAAAAUCUCGAGACCGCCCAACAGAGGCAAGCCAAGUAUUAUAAUCGGCACCACCGCGACCGACAUUUCGCGGUCGGAGAGCAGGUCUUAAAGCGUCACCGAGUAUUGUCGUCGGGAGCGCAGCAUUUCUCGGCUAAGUUGACUAAGAAGUUUCACGGUCCGUUUGUCAUAAGGCGCAUUCUGUCGCCGGUCGUGUACGAACUCGCCGAUUUGACGGGUAGCGUUGUCGGCAAGGUACACGUGAAGGACUUGAAACCGUACCUCGAGCCUGUGGAUUAG